UCGGCCGUUCCAUUUGGUUUGCAGAUAUACUCAUGCACUUUGCCCGGGGUCAUCGCCCCGGGUUUUGAUGAUGGUCCAUGGAUCUACUCAGAGGAUAUCCUCAACCGUAUGGAAGCUGCGGGUAUCAAAGCGACUUGGUUCAUUAAUGGGGCCAAUAAAGGGAACAUCUACGAUUAUAACUCCACUUUGCUGAGAAUGGUCGACAUGGGACAUCAGAUCGGAUCACACACAUGGAGUCACAAAAAUCUCGCUACUUUGACUGCUGAUGGAGUGAAAGAAGAAAUGCUUUUGUUAGAGGAGGCCUUAGUUAACAUCCUCGGGUAUUUCCCUUAUUACAUGCGCCCUCCAUUCCUAUCAGUCAACGCAGUCGCGCUCCAAGCACUCAAGGAACUUCAGUAUCAUGUCAUCAUUGGCGACCUGAACACCAAGGACUGGCAGUAUCAGUCAGAAUCUGGGAUCGAAACUGCAAAAAAGCUAUUUACCGACGGUCUUGACCUUGGGCGUACGAUAAUAGAAGCCCAUGAGCAGGAAGAAUGGACCCACGGAGUACUCAUCGACUUCAUGAUCCAGACAAUUCAAGCUAGGGGUCUCAAAACUGUCACUGUAGCGGAGUGCUUGCAGGAUACGCAGCCGUAU